CCGUUACCUUCCAAAACUGUCAUCCCCUCCAGAACCAUUCGGAGACAGAACGAGAGAGAUUCCCAUCUUUCUCUCUCUCCCCCCUCGCGCAUAGAAUCUCCACCGACACAAGCUCCUAAACAGCUCUCCAAAUUCCAAAAGAAGGCCCAAAAGCUUAAAUCGAUACGAUGCUUGUCGCUCUCUCCUAGGAAUAUCUUCCUCCUUUUGAACGUUUUAAACAGAGAGGCGGCUUCUGCUUCUCCUUGUCCAUGAAUGGAUUGCAUGUGGCGGCCGUGAUAUUAUGUUGAAAAUCCAGGUGGACGAUUUUAGCCCUAGGUUUUCGGUGGACAGCCGCAGAAACUCCGUCUCAUUGCCGUUCUCUCCGUUGUUGCUCGUCAAUGGCCGUUCGAGGAAGAGUUUAUCCUAUUCUAAGCUCCCCGAGGAGCCCAUUAAGCUCUCCGUUCUCAAAUUAGACGGCUCCAGUUUUGAUGUUGAAGUUAUGAAGACGGCUACCGUCGCCGAACUGAGAGAGGCGGUGGAGGCUGUCUUCAGUCACAUGCCAAAAAAGGGAGUGGGGAAGAUUUCAUGGUCACAUGUGUGGGGACAUUUCUGCUUGUGUUUCGAUGGUCAAAAGCUACUUACAGAAACCGACUAUAUCUGUAACUAUUGCAUCAAGGAUGGUGAUCAGCUUUAUUUUAUUCGACAUCACUCACCCUGUUACAGCCUGGUAAAGAAGAGAUCCAAGAAAACAGCUGUUGACCGGAAACAAAGAAAUAUGUCGUGGUUGUUACAAAAUAACCUUGAGAUUGAAGAACAGAAUGAUCAGAAAGAUAGAUUUGAGGAGCAAAAGCACAAUGACAUGGAAGAUGAUGACUCCGAUGAUAUUGAGAGUGGACACUCUCAGGAUAAUUAUGACAAGGAUGAAGAUUUUGUUGGAAGCCGUGAACUCAGAUUAACCCACUUUUUUAGAGGGUGGUUUUCAUAUUCUCGUUUGCCUACUGUGAAAAGAUCAAGACCAGGUAAGAUUUCUCCCUCGAGAUCUGCCUGUGAUUUCUUAAGUAGUUUCAGGAAGAUCGUAAACAUAUGUGGUACUAGAGGCUACUCUAGAAGGGAUACAUGGAGAGAGGACUAGUGCGUCGGCGGAGCUGCAUCAACCGGAGUGCUUGAUUUGGUUAGUGAAGUGCUCUCUACAUGCAAGGGCCAUGUUAGCUUUAACGCUCAUGGUCUCUCAUACUCAAAACAUUCUGUUGAAGCCAUGUCCUUGUAAUUUUUUUUUAAAAGACCAAAUUUAGUGAAAAUCAAGGAUUUAGGUUGGAUUCAUGGGCAGUGAUUGUUCAUACUCAUCCAAGACCAGGAAUGAUGAUUCCUUUCCAUCCCUUUAUACAGAGGUCUAAACUGCCACAAGAUCAUAGUUGUCCUUGUAUAUCCUCCUCUGCCCUUAUACAACGAUUGAAUUUUAAGCUCCGUAUACAUUUA